AUGUCUAGUUCAAAGUCCUUCAUUACCGAUUCUAAAUGCCUCAUCUUGGGUGGUCUAGAAUACCGCCUCAGCAACGAGAACUUUGCAUCGUUCCGCGAGACCUUCAUAUUCGCACAUGACUGUUCUGCCACAGUCUCUCAAGUCCGGGCUCAAGACUUCCAUUUGCAUACGAAUUCCUUCUCUUAUCCUCAGGGCUUCCGCAUUACUACUGAUGGCGUUGCUGGAAAUGCCGCAACAGCUACAACAGCUGCCGUCCAAGCACGAGCCGCAUCUGGAGUCUGGCUCUCGUUCGAAUUUGUUCGCCCUCAUUUCCCUUUUUCCAUUACGGCAAAAGGUGGAGAUGGGUACGAGGGAAUUGACGCAGUAGCUACGCAUGGCACUGGAGGGAACGGUGGCAAUGGCGGAGCUGGAGGCAAGGUCACUAUGAUAUAUAAUGAUCUUUUUCGAAACAUACUCCGUGCAAGCCGCCAGGUCAAUGAAGCCAAAACUCCUAGAGAACGGAAGCUUAGGCUCCAGGGCUGGCUGAAGUCGUCCAGAAACCAGCUGGUAAACACUCCAAGCCACAAGCACAUUGAGGAUGGUCUCAAAGCCCUUGAAAAUCUUAUUGCAGGUUCUGCAACGGCGGACGAGGAUAUUGAAAAGGAGUUCAGUGCGUUAAAAGAUGAUCUUGAUGGUUCAAGCUCCAAGUUUAGGGCCAGCAUCAGCAUCGAUGUUCGAGGAGGUGCUUAUGGCACUGGAGGCGAUGGUUCGCAGAAAGGAAAUAAUGGCGUGUCUGGACCAUCGGGAAGCCUCAACUCGACUCUUAUGACUCCAAAGUCUGUGGCCAAUUCAACGGAAAUUUUGGUUCAUCCUGACCAAAUCUCGAUCGCGGUGCUGGAACUGGAAAAUUUGUUUUUUAUCGGAACCUCCUCUGCAAUACUGACAGCUAUCAGACAUGUUCAAACUCUGAAGCAACGCUUGUCAUUUAUUGACCAGUUGACACCUCAGGACCCUCUCUUUAAAGCAUACGUGGACAAUGAGAGCCAUUUGUUAAUCGUGCCGUCUGGAGAAGAGAUGCCCACGUCUAUAGCUUCCUUGAAAGUCAGCCUCGAGAACGUUCGAGCUAUUGAAAGAAACCUAUACGGCGGUUAUGACUUCUAUGGACAUGUGGCCUCGUGGGUCCCGUCGGGAUCAUUCCCAUUCUACCGCGAUCAAUUGAAUUCCGCCUUGAAUGACUUGAUAUCAAUCCAGAACAAUUACUUCAAAUACCAAGACAUUGCAAGAGAGGAAAACAAAGCCAAGGACCGUAUCUCAUACGCUCGUGCAGCAGUUGAUGUCGGCAAAAGGAGCUGCAAGGCAGACCUUGUUACUCUCCGUUCUCAGCUCAAGUCUUCCGCAAGUUCCAUAGCAGUAUUGCAAGAGGGUCUCCCUACAAAACGUAAGGCUCUAGUUGAGAAGAUUCGGGCCUUUUCACAAGACAUCAAGAACUCAUUCAACAUCAGCAUGGAGUCGUUUGUGAAUGCUGCCUCUACCUUCGUCUUUGCCCCGGGCUUGGCUAUGGGGGCGGUCCAAGCAGCCAGUCUCCUCCAUACCGGACUAUCAACCAUCACUGAUGACGCGGGUAUACAGAUACGAAAGGAAUUCGUGGUCAACAAGAUCACUGUCAUGUCAGCGGGGCUUGAAGGUCUGAAGGAGGCUAUCGAAGCUGGCAAUGGUGGCGAGCUGACAGUUGAUGACCCUGGAGCUGCUAAGCUCAUGGCCAAAGAAUCUGAUAUCCAAGAUCUUCUCACAAAGUACCGAGAGACCCUUGGUAGUGAGAAGGUUCGAGUCGUUCGCGAAAUGUUCGAUGACUACUUGAAGGUUGUCAUUGACAGGAACAACCUUGUCAUCCAUUACAAUGCUUGCCUAGUUCUAUGGCUCACAACCAAAUCGAAGCUUGACUCCUAUGUUCAAACAGAGCGUAGUCUCGGCCGCGAUUUCAUUGAACGGGUACAUGGCGAAGUGCCCCAGUUAGCUGUCACUGUUGAACGCAACUACAUCACCACCAUUUCUACCGUAAUGGAAUUGCUCUACCGAACUACGAAGGCAUUGUCCUAUGUAACCCUGUCAGUCGAGCCCACAACGUUCACGAGGCUUCGGGGCCAAGGGUUUUUGCAGGAAGGGAUCGCGACAGCCCUGAAGGAAGAAAAGAUUGACAUCAUUAAGAGAUGGGCCAAUGCCAUCGAAGGGAGCAAAGCACUGAGGCAACCCUUUGGGGGUGACAAUGAUGCAGUAAAGUAUGAGUUGACGGAGGAACAAUUACAAUCUCUGCUCCUUGAUCUCGGUGGUAAGGACGCAGACUACGGGGUAAUAAUGGGCAUACCAGCAGCUCGUAAACGAACCCCGGUGGACGAAAGUCCAUUUGCAGGGUACGCAGAUGUUAGACUUACGAGGGUGAGAUUUUACCUCGACGGCGUUCAAACGGCCAGCAACAAGCUUCAAGUAACAUUAUUGCACGGUGGGACAGAUGAAAUGGUGGCACCUGAUGACCUGAGCCUCAAGUUCACGCAUGACUCAUCAACCAUCAAGUUUCACUAUGAUAUAAUCACGGGAAGGAUAAUCACUGACGGAAAUGUGGAAGACGCAGUGGAUCAUAUUUAUGCUUUGCCGGGUCCGUUUACGUCCUGGAGGAUUUCUAUUAGUAAGAAAUACAAUCAGGGGCUGGACCUAUCUAAUGUCAGUAGUGCUUGGUUUGAGUUUUCAGGGCUUAGUAGAAGCUUUUUAUGA